AUGAAUGGAAAACGUUCUGUGCGAAGAAGUCCAGACCAGCGAAAACAAGUCUUUCAAGAUAACUCAGAUGUUUGUGAUGAUCAUCCCAGUGGAUCAUCAGGAUCAGGCGGUAUCCCAACAAAAAGCUGGUACUUGCGCAACUCCACUGGAAAUUACUCCAAAAAUUCAAUGACUUCAUCUAGUCAAAUGACUGUAGAUGAUGAGGAGGGACAAGAUGGGGGACAUUCAUCGGACAGAUGCCCAACAGCAUUCACCAGAGAGGUCAUUGCAAGAGAGACCAGCUCUAGCACCUUGUUGUCAAGGUCAUCUAUAGCAUCUCAGAAGAGUGUGCUAAAAACCAUAUGCAACAUUCCUUGCCUAAUGCUAAUGGUGAUUUUCUGCAUCCCAAAAUAUCUUUUGCAAACCUUCAUCUGCACAAAAGACCAAUUCACCAUGGCAAACUUUAUAAAAAUUUCAAGGUUCCUGAUAAUAGCAGUUCCAGUCAUUUGUGGUUGCAUUUAUUGCUACUGUCAAUACCUGAAAUUAACAGAUGUUCUCUCAUCACAGGAGCUGGCACUACAGUAUGAAAGUGAGCUGAAAUCACUAUGGAAGUCUCAAAAUGGCCUUCAAGAACAAAUCCAGGAAAUCUCAAUAAUUAAAAACCAGACAGCACAUCUGCAAGCUGAGAUGAAGCGCAUCCAGAAAGGCAUCCCAAAUUCUGUAAAACAAAUCCUCAAGGAAAGUGACAUCCCAGGAGAGAACAAAGAUCAAGUGCUUGAAAUGAUUAAUCAAGCUUUUAAGAAGACAUAUGAGGAUCAUGUACAAAUGCCUGAUUGGGCUCAAAAAACAAUAGGAGCCACUAUUGAUCACAGCAGGACUUCAAAGAGCUAUGAGCCUGAAAAUCCAAAGAGCUGCUGGUAUAAAUACUUGUUCAUUUCUACAGCCAAGCCCCCUGAUACGAUUCUACAGCCAGAUGUUUACCCAGGAAACUGUUGGGCGUUCCAUGGAAGUGAGGGCCAAGUGGUCAUAAAACUGCCUGAAAGAAUCUAUCCAACUGCAGUCACAGUACAGCAUAUCCCCAAGGCUGUCUCCCCUGUAAAAGGAGCCACCAGCGCCUUGAAGGACUUCUCAGUUUAUGGGAUAGAUGAUGAAAUCAAUGAAGAAACAUUGUUAGGAACAUUCAUGUAUGAUAUAGAGAAGGAAACCAUCCAGACAUUCCAGCUGCAGAAGGAAGCCGUAAAACAAUUUCUCUGUAUAAAAUUCAAGGUGCAAAGUAACUGGGGCAAUGAGGAAUUUACCUGCAUUUAUCGGGUCAGAGUGCAUGGGAAUAUGCCUGAAUAUUCAGUCCCUUCGAUGGAAGGCCAAAAGUGA